AUGUCUGUUGUCACUCGAAAGAGCAGCAGUGCACGCAGCAUCAGCAAUUCAAAUGCUGCCAGUCUUACUGGCCGAAUGCGGAUCUCUGCAGGUGUGCGUAGCAUGUCCUCCACCAUGUCUGCCAGCCGUGCACAGAGCGUGCACGGGGUCGCAGGGGUCUACGGCACCCGUAUCUCCAAGUCUACCCUCUCCCUGGAUGCACCUUAUGACCAGGUCGCCAUUUGUGGGAAUGAGAAGUUUGCCAUGCAAAAUCUCAAUGACCGUCUGGCUUCAUAUCUGGAAAAGGUGCGCUCCCUAGAGUCCGCCAAUCGAAAGCUGGAGCUUCAAAUAAGGGAAUUCUAUGAGAAGAGGGCCCCGGUCCAUAGCAAAGACCUCGCCGGCUUCUUCAGCACCAUCUCUGACCUCCGGGCUCAGAUAAUGAAGAGAGUUUCAGAGAAUCAGCAGAUUAACCUGAAUUUGGACAAUGCCAGAAUGGCUACUGAUGACUUCAAACUGAAGUAUGAGACUGAGAUGAACAUGCGUACGAUGACGGAGGCUGACCUGGCUCAACUCCGCGGGGUCUUUGACAGCCUCACUCUCACCCGUAGUGACCUGGAGCUCCAGUUGGAGGGUCUGAGAGACGAUGUGGUGUGGAUGAAGAGGAACCAUGAGGAGGAGUUGAAACUGCAGACCCAGCAGUCUGGCGCUGUGAAUGUUGAGGUGGAUUGUGCAGAGUCUGUUGACCUGACAAAGGUGCUGCAGGAGACCAGGAAUCAGUAUGAGGCCGUGGUGCAGAAGAACCAUAGAGAGGCUGAGAAGUGGUUCCAAGAUAAGGUGGAGGUUUUGCAGACCCAAAUCACCACCAGCACCACAGAGGUAAAGACCUCUAAAACUGAGCUUUUGGAAGUGAGGCGGCUCUACCAGAGUUUGGAGGUGGAGCUACAAGCCAUGCUCUCUAAGAAACAAUACCUGGAGCAGAACUUGUUAGAGGUGGGGGGUCGCUACAGCACCCAGCUCAGCCACUUCCAGAUGCGCAUUAACACACUGGAGACGGAGCUCCAGCAGCUGACUGGCAGCAUCCAGCAAGAGGCCACACAGUAUCAGCUGCUCCUGGACAUCAAGAUGAGGCUGGAACUGGAAAUUGCUGAAUACAGGAGGCUGCUGGAAGGACAGGCGCCGGGAAGGGCUGUGGUUAUCAGUGUGCAGACCAAGGAGGUGAAGGCAGUGGAGGAACAUAAACCCCACAUUGAGAGGCGUGUGAAGACCAUUGUGGAGGAGAUUGUCAAUGGACAGGUGGUGUCCUCCACUGUUGAUACCAAAGUGCAGGAAAUUCAGUAAUGCUGGAAUCAGUUCUUACUCAGCUGGGACUCUGUUCUUUCUCUGUUUUGAAUCGAGAUGGGUCUGUGUUUAUAUAAAUGUUACCAACAAAAAAAAAAGUAAAUGAUAUGAAAAAAAAAUAAGAAUUAAGGGUUUCGAAGUUCAACUGUAAUGGUUAUAAAACCCCACAAUACUCCUCUUCAAUGCAUGGUACAAAUGUUCAGCUUCUGGAUCUUUCACGUACACAUAUCUAUAGAUUAUUGGCUAAAUGCUAUCAGUUUAGUCAAUGAUUAGGGAAACUUAAGGGAAAUUGCAGAAACCUGGUAAACUUUUCCAAGUAGACAUCAAAGUUUCAAGGUAUCACUUGGAUAAAAUCAUCUUCACAGUUGUAUUUCUGUCUGUGUUUUUUUUGGUGCAUAAGCCGGUGGUAGGAUUUGUUUCAUGUAUUUUUCCAUCUUAAAUUCAGAUCUGGAAACUCUGAC